AUGGAUGUUGCGCACACCGAGAGUGCGCAGUUGAUCAGUCGGCUCGAGGGCCAGGUGAUGAUCAUACCUGACUUGCGGGGGAUGAUCAGCCACUGGCCGUCUGGGAAAAACGUCCACUGCGACGUAAUCGAUGUUUUAAUCAACCGCUAUUUGGAAGACUGCGAUGCUUUCCCGCAAGAUUUAGCCAGCGUCAGGGACGCCAACCCAACGCUGCUUGCCUCCAGUCUCUGGCCAAACGUAUCAAAAAAGAAGCUCAGCACCUUGACGUUGAUGGUACUCUGGCAGGGUAAGCUCGAUGACUACAUCGAGGCCCUGGAGUAUCAGAGCCAAGCCAAGUCGAGAGAAUUUCGCUUCAGAGUCAAGGAAUACAUCGCGCAAUACCUGGAACUAUCAGAGGGGCCCAAGGAGCCUGCGACGAGUUCCAUCAUCUCGACUUUCCAGCCAGUUGCGCGGAUGAUAUGCCAGCAGUACAACAAGGGUGAGUACGAGUGGGCAGUAACUACUGCGCAGAUGCGGACUGACCAGGCUGUGCCAGACCAGCGUCGGAGGCUGAAAGCCAGCCUCUUUGAAUAUAUCGAGUCGACCGUGCAAGAGACGCGGUAUGUCGACAGUGGAGAGGUACCGACGAAUCUCAAGUACGAGAUGCUUCGCAAGAAGACCGGGGGCACGGGUCCCCUCUGCUCGUUAGCGGAGUUCGCCACGGGCCUGCAAUGGCCGUCUUUUGUUUUCGACUCUCAUCCGUACAAGAUGAUGCUACAGGCUGUUGCCAUCAUCGUUGGCCUCACGAACGACUUGCUCUCGUUAGGAAAGGAGCUGGUGAGGAACUGCCGUGGACGCGUGGGUUGGCGGCGACUGACACUUGUGCAGCGCAAAGGACGGAUUCUCAAUGCCGUGCCGGUUCGACUGUGGAACAGCCGAGAGGGCGGUGGCCUGGCGUCGGUUGUCAGAAGCAUCGUCGAUGACAUCGAGAAGGCCAUCAGGCACUUCGACGCCUGCGAGCGCAGGCUGAUCACCAAGAGCCGAGAGGACGCCGUUACGACGCGGAAGAUAGCUGCGACGCUCAAAACCAUUUGCACUGGCAAUUUGACUUGGAGUCUCGCGUGCAAGCGAUAUAAUGUCGGCAAACCGGCUGCUGAUGGGAGUUUGAGGCAGGAACUGAGAGCUGGCGAAUGA